AUGAAAAAUAGAAAAAAAAGGUUUGUUUACGAUGCCCUCUGCUUCAUAUUCCAGAGCAUUCUCUUAAGACAACAACUGUUACGAUAUACUCGCAACCCUCAACAUGAUAAUAGAGCCUUGAACUUUUUGAUAAAUCAGAAGAAGUAUACCAUGAGUGAAGACGAUACUCGAUCAAAUGCUUCAUCUACAAGUUCAAGACCAAAAAGAUACCAUUGUACAUUCGAAAACUGUGAUAAAGCCUACACCAGACCAUCACUAUUAGACCAACAUAUACGAUCACAUACAGGUGACCGACCAUUCCCAUGCACUUACCCAGACUGUGACAAGUCCUUUUUAAGAAAAUCGCAUUUGGAUACACAUUUAAUUUCUCAUUCAAGAGAUAAACCAUUCCAUUGUUCAGUUUGUGGAAAGGGCGUUAACACAGCUCAACAUUUAAAAAGACAUGAAAUUACUCAUACAAAAUCAUUCAAAUGUAAUUUUGAAGGCUGUAACGAAUCUUUUUACAAGCACCAAUCACUACGACAUCAUAUACUCUCAGUGCAUGAAAAGAUAUUAACUUGUACAAUCUGCAACAAGACUUUUGCCCGUCCAUCGAAACUUGCUCAGCAUAAGCUAAAACACCAUGGAGAAUCCCCGGCUUAUCAAUGUGAUCAUCCGGGGUGUUUUGUCAAUUGCAAAACUUGGUCAGCAUUACAAUUUCAUGUGAAGCAACAACACCCCAAGUUGAAAUGUUCUAUAUGUGGUAAAGGGUGUGUUGGUAAACGAGGAUUGAAAUCUCACAUGUUGAGUCACGAUGACGCAAUCAAGAUUUGGCAAUGCACGUAUUGCGACAUUGGGAAAUUUAACAAAAAGGUGGGUUUGAUUACUCAUUAUAAUGAAUAUCAUGAUGGUAAUAUUCCUGAUGAAUUACAAACCAGCACUGAAGAGACGAGCAGCCACACGCAAAGUGACCAUGAUAAGCUUGAAAUAUCAAGCUUGAAACGAUUAAAUAGCACAACAUUGCCGUCGCCUGGUAGUGAAGAAGAAGAUGUCAAAAGUUUAUUCAAAACUAACGCCAAAUCAGAGACUGCUGAAGCACAGAAAUCAACCACAUUAUCAACUGCAAAUGACACUGCAUCCAAUACAUCGCAAUUGAUUGAAGUGAUAUUGAAGGAUUGUUCAUUCAAAAUCAAGUGCCCCAGGGCCAAAUGUGAUCGAUUUUUCGCUCGGGAAUACGAUUUGAAACGACAUUUGAAAUGGCAUGAGGAUAAUUUGAAAAGAAUUGAAUCCUUUCUCGAUAAUUUACAACAAGAACAACAAUUGCAACCUAUGCAGAAGAAGAGAAAACUUGAUCCAUUACACGAUGAGACAAACCAUGAUGAUUACGACAAUGAAGAUGCCGACUUUGAUGCUGCUCUCGAUGAGGAACUCAGCUCUUUUGUUGGUCUAGGCAAUGAAUGA